GCCGAGAGCCCUGCGGAGGGCAGGACGGAGGAGAUGGAGCGGCUGGGGGCGAACGGCAGCUGCAGCAACGGGUCUCUGCUCACCCUUUCAUGCCUUUCCCACCAAGUUGUGUGCCGGGUGAUCAGUGGUGCUGAUCCCGCUGGCUCAGUCCAUGACAAUGGGACUUCGGAUACCUCCUGGGUAGCUCGGCUGGAAAGCAAUUAUGGAUUCUACAUCGGCUUGGGCCUGGCUGUCUUCUCCAGCUUCCUCAUCGGAAGCAGCGUCAUCCUCAAGAAGAAGGGGCUGCUACGGCUGGUGGAGAAGGGAGGCACCAGGGCAGGAGAUGGAGGCCACGGCUACCUGAAGGACUGGCUCUGGUGGGCUGGCUUGUUAACGAUGGGUGGAGGGGAAGCUGCCAACUUUGCUGCCUAUGCCUUUGCUCCUGCGACUAUUGUCACGCCUCUGGGAGCCCUGAGCGUGCUCAUAAGUGCCAUCCUGUCUUCGUAUUUGCUUGGAGAGCGGCUCAACCUGCUGGGAAAGCUGGGCUGCAUGCUGAGCCUUGUGGGCAGUACCAUGAUGGUGAUACAUGCCCCAGAGGACGAGGAGGUCACCACUCUGGAUGAAAUGUUGUCUAAGCUGAAAGAGCCAGGUUUCCUUGCUUAUGCUGCGAUCCUCUUGGCUGUGUGCUUCCUCCUGAUCUUCUACCUUGCACCCCGCUAUGGCCAGAGCAACAUCCUCAUCUACCUCACCAUCUGCUCCGUGAUUGGUGCCUUCUCCGUGUCCUCAGUCAAGGGCCUGGGUAUUGCCAUCAAGGGCUUCUUUGCUGACCAGCCUGUGCUGCAGCACCCACUGACAUGGAUCUUGGUCAUCACGCUGGUAGCGUCCAUCACUACCCAAAUUAACUACCUCAAUAAGUCUCUAGACAUUUUUAACACCUCGCUGGUGUUUCCCAUCUACUAUGUGCUGUUCACCACCAUCGUCAUCACAACUUCCAUUAUCCUCUUUAAGGAAUGGGUCACCAUGACCGUAGUGGACAUCAUUGGGACAGUUUGUGGCUUCCUCACCAUCAUUUUGGGAGUUUUUUUACUCCAUGCCUUCAAAGACAUGGAUGUCAGUUUGGGGAAUCUGCCACAGAUCCUCCAGAACGAGCAGCAGGCACCAGUCACUCGAGAUGACAAGAACAUCCUGAUAGAGGUGGACAACUCCAGCAUCGCUCCAGAGGAUAAACCUAAAGUAUUCAUGAUUUAUACCUAG